AAGAAGAAAUGGGUUGCCUCAAUUUGUUAUUGUGGCUCUCAUGCAAUAUUGUUCAUGUCAGGGAUGGUGAAGAAUCCAGACAGAUUAUUCUUUCGCUGCCCAAAAUUCAAGACUGAAAAAUGGCAUUGCAACUUCUUUGCAUGGCUAGAUGAUUAUGUAUCUUCAUGUGGUGAGGAUGCUAACAAGGCUGUCUCAUUUGGGGCAUCAAAGCAGAAGCAGAAUCGAUUGGAAGGCCAUGGUUAUGUGGUGGAUAACAAAGUUAAUGAGUUGGAGAAAAUAUUAAUUGGUUUGGAGGAUCAAUUAGAUUACUGUAGACUGAAAAUGGGUGAAAGUAGAUGUAUUAGGUAUGGGUUUGAUUUGUUAGCAUUUUUUAGUGGGGUUGUAAUUGCAAGCUUGUUUAGAGCAAGUGUGUAGGAAUUUGAUAGCUGAAUUUUGGUAUUUCACUGAGUUGAGUUGUGAACAACACUUUUGAUGAUGAAUGAAGUAGAAAUUAUUGUGUUGAA